UAUGUAUUACAGAGAUUGACAGUCUCUCCCCUCCACCGAAAGAUACUUCUCUCUCUCUCUCUCUAAAGGAAGUUCUCUGCUCUGCCCAGCUAUGGCGUCCCUCCAUUUUCAAUAUUUCCUAAUUCUCUCACUGCUCUGUCACUCCAUUUCCAUCAUCAAAUGCGACGAUGAGGAAGACAAUCUUCUCCAAGGAAUCAACCGGUACCGAGCAACUCUAAACCUAAAGGCUCUAACAAAGAACGAUCGAGCUGAAUGCCUGGCCGAAAAAGUCGCGGAGCAAUUCAAGAACCAACCAUGCACGAACACGACGGGCGCCAACACCGUGCCGGGCACCGAGCCUCAGUACGCCGACUUCCCCAAACUUUUAUCGAAGUGCAAUUUGAACGUCACGACGACAAGAGACGGCCAGAUCAUGCCCGCCUGCGUGCCAAACCUUGAACCCGCUGUAGUCCUCUCCAACUUCACCAAGUCGCAGUACUCGGGCAACCUGAACGACACUCAGUACACGGGGAUUGGGAUCGGUUCGGAAAAGAAUUGGAUUGUCGUUGUGCUGACUACGAGCACCCCCGAGGGGAAUUACGCCCUCGGGACUAAUAAGAACAACAAUGGCGCCGCCGCCGUCGCCAUCCCGGGGGUUCUUGCUGUUGGGUAUGCUCUGUUUCUUGUUGUUGGGAUUUUGAUUUUGUUGUAAGGUUCUUUGGCAGGUAUAUAUACAUUUAUAUAUAUAUAUAUAUAUACACACACAUGGAAAUGAGUUGUCUUCUUCCUUGAGCUGAAUUGGUCUGUGUAGAUGAGCAGAAUGGAUACUGAAGUUGCUGUUUACAAUUUUUACAAUUUUCUGUUUCUACA